CGAAAAGCAGCUAGGUACGCAUUUAAUGUCAUUCAACCUGAAGGCAGAAACAAAAAUCACUUAUACAUGAGGUGAAAUUCAUAAUACAAAUGCAGAGGGGGGAACAAUUACAAUAGAUAAGAUCAGCAAAUCUCAUAAAAGCCUGUCAUAGUAGAACAAUAUAUAGAAAUAUCAACUCCCCUUAUGUGUAUCAAUUGUGCUGCGUUAAAAAGAAACUCGAAUAAAAGAAUUUUGGAUUCCGUUGGCAUUGGUUGUCAUUCAUACAAUUUCGGAACAAAUUCGCUGGAGACUCGGCUGGAGACAAUUAUAAGGACAUAUUAACCCAUUGAUAUAGCUAUAAAUGGCCAAUAGAACGAUUCGCGAGCACCGAGAGUAUAUAGAAGAAUGUCUCCGCCUGAUAAUGCUGAAGAAAGAUGUUCUGGACGCCCUAGUCAUCGAUAUGAACGGUUAUCCUGUGAAGUCAACGAUGUCUGACGAAUUGACUCUGCGAUAUAUUGGUCUCUACGGUCAGGUAAUAGAUAAAGCACGACUUAUGCUCACACAGUUGGAUUCGACCGAUGAAAUAACAUUUAUGAGAAUACGUUCGAAAAAUCAUGAAGUGAUUAUAACGCCUGACGACAAGUGCAUUUUCUUGGUUAUUCAAAAUCCAAGAUCGGAAUAUCGUCUGGAUGGUUCGUCAGAAUAAUUUAUUAAAUUGGUGAAAUUGAAAAAACCUUGCAGAAAUAAAUAAAUUUGU